AUGAAGGACUGGCGGCGGUCUCCCGAGCCUGCGGGCAUGAUGGGCCUGAAGGACGCCGCGUACCAGGUGCAGGGUAACUGGGGCCAGCCCGACGAACUGCCAGACGACUUCGACCCUGCCGCACCGCUCCCUCCCACGCGGCGCCAUGAGCCCGCAACCGACGCAGCAUCUCGGCGCCUACCGAGCCUGUACUCGAUGUGCCUGCGCGUGAUCAUGCGCAACAUCUCUUCGGUCCAAGACCUGGGCGACAUGCCGUACCGCAACGCCGCGCCAAUUCUGGAAGAAUGCCGGAUCGACCAACUGAUCCUGCUCGAGGAAGCUUCGCCGCACCUGCUCGGACAUACAGACGAGAUCUGGAAACGCAACUGCCUGCGAGACUUCUUCGAGCUGCGCAAGAAGUACAGCGAGCCAAUCGCAGGCGCGGCUGCGCCACGCGAGCCCAAGAGCUGGCGCAAGCUGUACUUCCGCACCAAGGGCGAGAUCGAGCAAGCCAAGGUCGAAGCCGCACAGCGCAUCAAGGACAAGUACGCGCAGCACCGUGCGGAGAAAGACGCCAAGAAGCUUGUCGUGAGCGAUCGUCCGCUCAUGGCCAAGACAGCGCGCAGCAUCAGGCGCUUCGGCACAGGUCCGAGUGCCGGCGGCGUUACCAAGGGGCAGAGUUUGCUCAACAAGGCAAGGUCCGGCAGUGCUGCACAGGCCAAGCUCACGGCGCCGCGAAAUGGAAGACCCAUCUCUGGAUUCAAGACGCAGGGUCGGAGUCGGGCUGUUGGCAUCGAGAUCGCUCCGGAAGCUGCGGGCAUCGAAGCACGCACAACAUUACGGCCCAUGGUGGCGCCUCGAAAGAUCGACGACGGCGCGAGCGAUGGACUCGCGCGCCUGAAGGAGUUCUCCCGACCUUUGCCCGGCACUGAAGCCGAAGAAGCGAAAGCAAGGUCUGCCGCAUCCCGCCGGCCAGCUCCCAAAUCACCGGCAGACGGUUCAGCUGAGAACGUCGACAGCUUGGCCGCACAUACGGGACUGCCGAGGUUGAAGCCACAUCAAGUGGCGGCCGCACCACCACUUGCACCAUCUACAUCGUCACCUUCAAGGUCGGGCAGUGUAUCGCAUACUCGAAACGGCGCUCGCACUUCGAUUUCAGCUGGCACAGCUUCGCCAAGAGCAGAGCAGUCGCCUCGACCGCCUCCGCCAGACCUGGCACGAUCCGAGCGGAAGAAGCUCGACUUUUUUGGCACAGCACGAUCUUCCUCGCCGCGGGAUUCAACGGUGGAGGUGAGAGGCGUCAAGCGCGCCAGAACUUCAACCACGACUCAAACCAGCGGCAGCAAGGAGCGGCUACCAGCAACAUCUUCCGCUGCGAACAGCGGCAGCAGCCCGCACAGACGUGCACGAAAGGACGAUCCUGAUGCGCGGCAAGAGCGGAUACGUCAGUGA